AUGUCACUUGUAGACCUUAGUUACGGUGUGGUACGACGCCAAGGAGACAGAGAUACUCAAAUGGACAGAUUUAAUAUCCAUAGCCAUUUUUUUGAUGAAAAAGGUUAUUCACUUUUUCUCCUCUAUGAUGGCCAUGGCGAUGAAAGAUUUUCAAAGCAUGCAAAAGAACAUUUAGCAGAUUUGAUCGAAAAUGAUAUCGAAUUCAGUGCCAAAAAUUAUGAAAAAGCAUUUAUUAAUGCUUUUAAAAAUGAAGAUGAACUUUUAAAAUUGACAUUUGGACCCAGAUCAUUUGGCGGAACUACUGCUACAGCUACUUUGUUAUUCAAAUAUUCGAACGUGUGUUAUGUCGCUAAUGUUGGUGACAGCACUGCUGUGCUUGGAAGUAUUGCUGGACAUAAGCCUGAAGCCAUUCCUGUCAGUUACGAUGAUAAAGUAAAUGACUCUCAAGAAUUUAACAGACUUGCAUCUGCAAAUGCCAAGAUCCGCAAGGGAAGACUUAUUCGUCCGGGUCAUUCUGUCAACAUGACUAGAGCCCUUGGAGAUUUUGAUUUUAAAGCACCAUUCACGCCAUCUGGGAAAGAUUGGAUUUCUUCCAUCCCUCACACUUUCAAAAUAGAUUUGAUUCCUCAUGAGGAUGAAUUUUUGAUUAUGGCCUCCGAUGGAUUAUGGAAUGUAUAUGAUGAGCAAACAGUUGUAGAGAGUGUCGCAAAAUGCCUUGAUCACGGUUAUGACGUUAACAAAAUUGCAAAUAUUCUUGCUGAUGCUGCUGCCAGUUCCGGAAAACCAAGUGAUAAUGUUACUGUUAUG